AUGGCCCCAACUCGCACCCCUCCCCCAUCAACCUCCUUCCUCCAAAUUUCCUACCCCGCCGAGCGCGUGGUCCUGGCCACCAUGUCGCGCGAAAAAGACCUCAAUUGCAUGAACACAUCCGCGCACUGGGAAAUGGACGCCUUCUGGAAAUGGCUGGAUAGCGAACCCAGCCUCUCAGUUGCGAUCAUCACCGGCGCGGGCAAGAAGGCGUUUUCCGCCGGAGCCGACUUGAAAGAAUGGAAUGAUUCGAUGAAAGAUGACGCAGACCCGAGACAGCGAUUGGGAAAUGCGCCGGCCUUUAAGCCAUUGAGUAGAAGGCUCGGGAAGAAACCUGUCAUUGCUGCUGUGAAUGGAUUGGCGAUGGGUGCUGGGACUGAGUUUGCUGUAAAUUGUGAUCUUGUUAUCGCGGCAGAUACAGCUUACUUCGCUCUCCCAGAAGUGAAACGAGGGGUGUCUCCAAUUGGAGGCGCUCUACCUCGAAUCAUUCGCACGCUGGGACUUCAAAGAGCAUCGGAAUUUGCGCUGACAGGAAGAAAUGUCACUGCCAAAGAAGCCUUUGAGUGGGGACUUGUGAACAAAGUGGUACCUCAAGAUCAAGUGGUUUUGGAAGCCGUACGUUUUGCUGAAAUAAUUGCCGCAAACAGCCCUGAUGCCAUUAUUUGCACUCGAGCAGGGCUGAGGGAAGGAUGGGAAACCGCUGCAGUGGAGAGAGCGGUGGAAAUUACGCUCGAAAGGGAAUUCGCGGAACUACAAAGAGGAACGAAUAUCUUAGAAGGUUUGAAAGCAUUCACGGAAAAGAGGAAACCGCAAUGGACGGCGUCGAGACUUUGA